UUUAUCUGCACCAAUACCCAGUGCUACCAGAAUGGCUGUCUCAGUACUUCGCCUGACAGUUGUCCUGGGACUGCUUGUCUUAAUCCUGACCUGCUAUGCAGAUGACAAACCAGACAAGCCAGAUGACAAGCCAGACGACUCAGGCAAAGACCCAAAGCCAGAUUUCCCCAAAUUCCUAAACCUCCUGGGCACAGAGAUCAUUGAGAAUGCAGUCGAGUUCAUCCUCCGCUCCAUGUCCAGGAGCACGGGAUUUAUGGAAUUUGAUGAUAAUCAAGGAAAGCAUUCAUCAAAGUAACAUCCUCAGUAGCUCACAGUCUUGAUGCAGAAGAUAUAUAUGCAAAACCAACUAAAUAUACUCAACAGGGCACAGCAUAACAGAGGCACAGACAUGGGAACAUGGGAACCAGCACAAAGAACCAUUCAUGCUCCCUCAGAAAUCCAGAAAGAUUUCUUUGAUGUAAUAAUAUACGAUCCAUAACUUGAUGGAUGAUAAAGGAUUUGAAGAUAUGGAGA